GCAGGCGUGGCCGACUGACUUGGGCAGAUCAAACAAGUUUCUGAGCACUGGCCCCGGGCUCUUUAAGCAGCUGGGGGACAAGAACGUGGCUGACCUCAGGCUGGUCCCUCCCUGCCUUCCCUUUUCUCACACUUCUGAAGAAACCCGUUCUGCCCUUCCUUCCUUCCUCUGUGUUUUGGCUUUCUCCCUCAACCCCAAAGCCCUUUUCCUCUUUCUCUUUGCUGACUUAGCAGCACGCUGUGGGGCGUGGAGAGAUUAAUCAGUGACUGGACGCUGCCUCCGUUGGAACGGUGGUCAGGAACGCUGGCCAUCCGCCUGCCUGCUGGCCUGCCACUCAACCUCCUACACCUGCCAUGGGGCGCCUAGGGCUUCUCCUCUUCCUAUUGGGAGCCCUGGGGGCUCAGGCUGAGAUCUGUGAGAUAACAAGAUUGGACAGCCAGCUAGUGGAGAAGCUGGGCCAGCACCUCCUACCGUGGAUGGACCGGCUCUCCCCGGAGGACUUGAACCCCAGCAUCUACGUAGGUUUACGUCUUUCCAGUCUGCAGGCUGGGUCCAAGGAAGACUUCUACCUGCACAACCUCAAGCUCAAGUACCAGCAGUGCUUCUCAGGGUCUACCUCCAGCGACAGUGCCAGUAACUGCCAGUCCCAGGUGUCCAUGGGCCAACUGGCCCUCUACCUGCUUGCCCUCAGAGCCAACUGCAGGUUGGCAGAGGGCCACAAGGAGGACAGGCUGGUGUCACGGCUCAAGCGGUUCCUGGAGGAAGAGAGGAAAGCCAUAGGACACGACCACAAGGGCCACCCCUACACCAGCUACUAUCAGUACGGCCUCAGCAUCCUGGCACUGUGCCUCCACCAGAAACGGGUCCCUGACUAUGUGGUGGGCAAGCUCCUAUAUGCCGUGGAACAUGACCAGCUCUUCCAGCAGGGCCACUUCUCUGUAGAUACAAUGGCCAUGGCAGGCUUGGCCUUCACCUGCCUGGAACGCUUCAACUUCAACCCGGACCAGAGAACACGGAUUACCACAGCCAUCGGCACAGUGCGGGAGAAAAUCUUGAUGGCCCAGACCCCCGAGGGUCAUUUCGGGAAUGUCUACAGCACCCCACUAGCACUGCAGCUACUGAUGGCCUCUCCUGCACCUGGGGUACAUCUGGGCACAGCAUGCACCAAGGCCCGGGCUGCUCUGUUGGCCAGUCUACAGGACGGAGCCUUCCAGAAUGCUCUGGUGAUCUCCCAGCUGUUGCCAGUCCUGAACCACAAGACCUACCUGGAUCUCAUCUUCCCAGACUGCCAGGCACCAAGAGCCAUGUUGGUUCCAGCCAGCGAGGCCCCUUCCCUGAGCGAGCUCCCAGAGGUUAUCACCGUCACGCUGAAGGUCCCCAGCGUCACACCACCGUAUGAGCGAUCCCUCUUUGCCAUCUCGGGGUUUUCCUUGGAAGAGAUCCUGAAGUGGGCCCAUGAAUUUGGAGGAUUCACGUACGAAACUCAGACCACUCUGUCGGGUCCCUACCUGACUUCCGUGAUGGGGAAAGUGGCUGGACCCCGGGAGUUCUGGCAGCUUCUCCGAGCCCCAGACACUCCCCUGCUGCAAGGCAUCGCAGACUACAAACCCAAGGAUGGGGAGACCAUCGAGCUGAGGCUGGUGAGCUGGUAGGCUCGAGGCUGCCUCCCGCAGCCACCUUGCUUGCUCCUGGGGCUCCGUGUCUGCCGGCCUGAGACCUCCGUGUCUGAGGUUCCUUCGCACAGGACCUGAUCUUGCCAACCACUUCGUGUUCCACUUGGAGAAUUGUCCCCCACCCCGGCCACCACCCCAGCAAAGAUCUGAGCCAAAGCCUCACCCAGAGCAGGAAGCCAAGCAUUUUCCCCAGGACAUCUGUCGGCCCAGGUCUGGCCCAGGUGAAGACCCCGCUGGGAUGUGAGGGAUGACUCCUGCAUCCUCCGGAAUAUGAAGUAUGGCGACUCCUGGUGUCAUAAGGGCCGCUCUCACCCCAGCCCUGCGCUCAGCCAUCCAGAGUGGCAGCCCCUGAGCUGGCCGUGGCAUGGCAGUUGGCUAUGCUCCAUGCCCACCUUGGAAAUGAUUAAAGCAUUGAUUAUCUGU